AUGGCACUCUGUGACCUGCCUGUUCUGAACGCCCAACCCAAUGUGCCGAUGGUCCCGUCCCAGCGCCCCAUCGAGUCGGGCAGGCUCGUCAACAUAUAUCUGGCUGCACGUUGCAAGUUCGGCCGCUGGGCUCUCGGCGGGCGCGAGACCGUCACCCGGAUCAGCCGCGGCCGGGCGGUCAAGCGGCCGGCGCAGAUGCUGCUCACGGAGGCGCUGAACUUGGACUACGUCGCGCAGCACACCACGAUUCCGGUCCCGCGCGUGCACCGCAUGAUAAAGGAUAAGCACGGCAAGCUGUGUAUGGUGAUGGACUACAUCGAGGGCCAAGAGCUGGAGCAAAUCUGGGGCCAACUCUCGGAGGAAGAACGCUUGAAUAUUGUGCACGAAUUGCGCGGGUACAUCGACCAGCUACGGGCACUUGUGCCUCCACACCCGGGUUCGGUCGAAGCAGUCGACGGCGGGCCAUGCAAGGACUUCCGUAUUUACCGUCCAGUUUUCGGGCCGUUCGCGUCCGUCGCCGAGUUCUGCACCUUCGUGGGCCGCGACUUCAUGGUCGAGCGAAAACUCGACGAGUACCCGCAAUACGCCGACGCCGUUUUACGUUGUGUUGGAAGGACGGAGUCGUACCGCACCGUGUUCACGCACUGCGACCUCGCCCCGCGCAACAUUAUCAUAAAGGACAAGAAGAUCGCUGCGAUCGUCGACUGGGAAAUGGCUGGCUGGUACCCCGAGUAUUGGGAGUACACCCAGGCAGAGGCGUCGAAUUCCUACUGUCGCCCCUGGGGAUUUUGGGAGGUGUUUGAGAAGGAGGGCUUUUCGCGGCGGUAUCCAGACGAGCUGAUGACGGAGCUGUGUAUCGCGUCGGAGUUUACCCGGUGUUGA